GCGGGGGGGUCGGGGAGAGCGAGGGGGAGCCGGCCGGGCGGGAGCCGAGGAAGCGCAGAUUGCCAGGAGGUCGGCUGAACUUUGAAGCCCCGCCGCUUUCCGCGAUUGCUGUCACAGCGGCGGCGGCGGGUUUUAUUUCUCGAGCCCCAACCCCGCCCGCUAGAGGCGGCUGAGGGCGGGAACAAACUUUGUCCCGCGCUGGCGAAGCCCUCCCUGCACUCCUCGUGCCUUUGGGGUGUGAAGGAGGCUCGGGGUCGAGCGGGAUCCAGGAAGAGACGGAGCGGGGCUCUGCGGGUUCGUCCCGCGCUCUUCCCUCGUUUGCUUUCUCUGCCUGAAGCAGAACUAAAACUAUCCUCUCAAGUCUCAGCCGUUCAAAGCCUAGGAUUUAAAUGUUUGACCUGAUUUGAGUAAGGAACAACAUUUCCCUCUUUCUCGGUCGGAGGCACUGGGAAUGUUUGGAGCUUGAGAUAGUAUCCUGGUCACAGUGAAAAGGUGCUCCAGUGCUAAGAAAACGGUCUUUGUUGGAGUAAUAGGUCUUAAUAUCAUACUUUGAUUUUAGUUGAUCCGCGUUUGAGGGGGAGAGCCCCCCCAAAUUCAUAUUAGCUGCUCAGAAUAAAAUGAUUUUUGCGGUUAGUGCACAAAUUACUUGCUUGAGAAAAAUUUCUUUUUACUACUUGUCCUACAAGUACAUCUGAUGUGACACAGGUAUUACCUGUUUGGAUAAUAAUAAUAUGCACUGUCUUGUGUAGGCGUAUGUCUGGAUAGAGAGGAAUCUGAUGCCUUGUAGAUGUUUUGACUAGAUAGUUUUUGGAACUCUUCUGGAUCAAAAAGUCUAUUCAGUAUUAUUCUAUAUAUGUGUAUCUAGGAUUAGUUUAAUGUAUGAAAACAAAGAGCAAAGUAUACUCCCAUGUUUAAAUUUCUGAUCUAUAUUUUUGUAAUGCUAGAUAUACAGGCUGAUGAUAUAAAAUCCCUUGAGUAUUGAAAGUGGUUUUAUGUUUAUAUAGCCUCAGUGGUCUCUACCAUGAAAAAGAAAUCAAGCCCUUUUGUAACUAUUCUGCUUCGGCAAAUCAGGUAUUUUGAUUACAGUACUGUAUGUACAAAUGCUUAAAAAUCUGGAUGCACAAAACUCAGUUUCUGGUAAGUCUGCAGUCCUAUGUAUUUACCCUUACUUGGAAUAAACUCCAUGAAACAGUAGGGUUUGCUUCUGAAUAAAUAUGUAUGGGAUUGGACUGCUUGUCUCAUUGAAUGUACAAAUCCUUAAUUCACAAAACUAAGUAGCUUUCUUCUGCAGACAUUCAAUAUUAAUUUCAUGCUAACUGAUAGAAACGAUAGCAAAAAUCACAGUAGGUAGAGACAUUCCCAUGUAAUACAUUGAUAGAUCAACAUAGCUAUGUGUGUGUUGUCUUUUCAACUUGGUAGUUUUACUUUAGAGUGGGAGCCAUGUGGAUAAAUGUAUUGUAAGUGAACCAAGCCUGCAGUUUCAUUUAUGUUAUUGACAAAGUUAAUCACAGUAGAAUUCCAACACAAGUUGUGAAAUGAGAACCCUUCUAUUAUGCAGUAGGGAGAAAGGAAACACAACUUAAGGAUUAACAGCUUUUCCAGUAGAGAGAGGGAGAACCAAUAUUUGUUCCAAUACCUCUACAUUUUGUUCUGAAGCAUGGGCAGAUUUCAGAGGCAUCAAAAUACUAGGCCCAGAAAAAGCAAUAUUGAGACAAAAAAACCCACAAAAAAGUUUCAGCAAAUAUUGUGUUAAUAUAUUGACAGUUAUUUAUUUUGCUAUUUUUAUAUUCCACUUGUCCUUUUGAAUGCUCAGAAGCCACAUGUAUGUGGUUUUCAAUAGUUUCCCGCCAGGUGUUGCUCAGGUCCACACAUGCCAAAGAUUCAAGCAAAAUAUAUGAUUAGACAACCUCCGCCCACCAACUUUCUUAUUAAAAGAUCGGGUGUGAUCACAAAUUUUGAGUUGUGCUUUCCUUCCCUCACUAACAAAAAAAAAAUACAAAUUUAAACUGGCUAACAGUGCCAUGGAAUUAAAUGAGACUUACUGUCCAAUCCUAACUCAAUUGUAGUACUUAUUCCUAAAUAUGUGGGGUUAGAAUUGCAGCCUUAAACUGCCUUAGCAUGAUCUAUUAAAACUUGUGUUUUUUCUUUUACUUUGAUGCAGCUGCAAUAGCUGUGAUACUUAAACUGGCCGGGCUGUAAUUAACAGCAUCUUCCUGCAUCUCUUUGGAGUAAAUAAACAAAAAGAACUUAAAUUGUUUAAGAUAAUAUUUUUCUCAAACAUUUCCCAUUAUGGCUAUUUAUAUGGAAGGAAUUAGCUAAACACACUUGUUUUCCUGGAUUGUGUUUGGUCAACCAAAUUAAUAGCAGUGCCGAACUACAUAUUUGUCCUAUCACAGCUGCUGCAGUGCUGUUAGCCAUGGUUACAAAGUUGAGUGUUACACAUGACAUUGACAUAAGUCCAGUAUCUCAUGAUUCUGCAGGAUGACAGAAUUCUGCUUCCUGGGAAUGUAUUUGAAUUUGAAAUAAAGUGAGUUCCCUGUCCUUACUCCUGCAAAGUUACUUACAGUGGUCCCUCGACUUAGAAACUUAAUCCGUUCCGAAUGCACAUUCGUAGGUCGAAAAGUUCGUAAGUCGAAAAGCGGUUUCCCAUAGGAAAAAAAUAUUCAGAAAAAUUCGUAACUCGAGGAAACUGCAUUUAAAACCACCAACGGUUUCCGUUCAGAUGUAGAAAAAUUUGUAAGCGUGCGGCCAUUUGUCCCGUUCAUAAGUCGAAAACUUUGGAUGUCGAGUAAUUCGUAAGUCGAGGGACCACUGUAAAAGUGUGUUGCAAGGCCUGAUGAAACCUUAUUUACCGUAGCCACCUGUCCGGCUUUUCAGUUGUCCAGCGGUGGGAGGUGCAGUUUUUAAAAAUAGAUCUUUGCCUCUCAAUAUCCAGGGGAAUAGAAUAAAUGUGUCAGAUUGCAUGAUAUUUCAUUUUGGCUCAAUUUGCAUAGUAUCAACAGACUUUAACACUUGGCUUUUCUUGAUGCACAAUUCCUCUUGCAAUGCAGGAGAUACAUUGUUCCAGCUUUAUUAAUGCUUCUCCCUCUUUCAGCUUGGAGAGGUCAGUUGGUGAGGCAGUACCACAAAGAUGCACUCCUGAUACUUACUGAGUUAGUAGUGGGAGGUCAGGGCUGUGCAGGCAUACUGGUGGAACCAAUCCAGCACUCCCUCUGAUGUACUUGCAGAGCCUUGACCUCACUGUUGCUCCUGCCCCACAGCAGCGGUGAUGCUCAUGUUGGCAAUGUCUCUCUGCAGUACAGACUUGGAGGAAAUGUGUGGUGGCACCAUUCAGGAUACCUUUUCCAGUUUUAAAAAGGAAGGAGAAAGCUGCAAUGCCUGUUGUAGGUGUGGAAAAAGCACCAUGAUGGCAGGGAAGGAGAUAUGAGAAGGGAGAUUGUGGGGAGCCAGUGGGUGAGGGUGGAGAGGUGGGAGGAAGAUUUAAUUAACUACUUGCCAGAGUGAUAACAGGCCUGUUCUGGUUCUGAUUGUGUCAUGCUUGGAUUCAUGUCGAUUUCAGGGAAGUCCUAGGGAAAAUUCAUUGAAGGUCAUUGCUGGCUCUUAGUCAAUAUGCCAAACCAGUACUGAAGGCUUAUUAACUUUGCUGCUGCAUUUUUCUGGAAGUUUAUCACCUCACUUCUGUAAUGGCUGUUUUUUCAUGAAGCAUCUAAUAAUAAUUACAAUGUAACGGUAUUGAGAUUGUUUUGCAAGUCAGAUUUUGUAAAUUAUUUUCAAGGCACUAUUGUACAAAACAUCCGUAUUGAGAUAUAAGUUUUAAGAAAUAUGAAAUGUUGAGCUGUAAUAGUCUGAAAUUCAUAGAGCCUCUUAUGCUGUGUCUUAUAAUUAAAUUGGUUAUUGCUGCCAUAAAGGAUACAGUUUGGGAAAGAAUAAUGAAUGCAAAAGAUCUGAUUAAACCUUUUUGCAUUUAUUUAAAAUUUCCGUGUAUAAAAUUGCUUGCGAAAUUUAUUGCCCCUUAUAACAGUUUUGUUGCCUGUAUUAUAGUUUACCAGUAUUUUUAUGAUAUAAAUACAGUUUAUAAGCUGGUGGUUUUGGCUCUUGUGGGUGUAAUGGUUGUAUGUCCUUUGCAUAGCUGCCAAGUUUCCCCUUUUCUCGCGAGGAAGCCUAUUCAGCAUAAGGGAAAAUCCCUUUAAAAAAGGGAUAACUUGGCAGCUAUGCCUUUGAUUCAGUAUUGGUGGAAUAGGAGCAAUGGAGCUGACCACAUACGUACAGUAGUUGCUUCUAUUACAUUUAACUUGUGUACCACAAUUUCAAAUUUUAUUUUUAUUUACUUAGACUUUUAACUCCAUCCCCGAAAUCUCAAGACAAGUAGAGAAACAAGUUAUAAAAGUACUAUCAAAAUAAACAUGUUGCUGCUCUUUCCAGUUUUCUAUGCUACAUCAAAUGACUUUGCAUCAUUCAUUAAGAAAAGAUGAAAAGGAGUAUGCAUUGAAGCAGAUUGAAGGUACAGGGAUAUCCAUGUCGGCAUGUAGAGAAAUAGCACUUUUGCGAGAACUGAAGCACCCUAAUGUGAUUGCAUUACAGAAAGUUUUCCUUUCCCAUAGUGACAGAAAAGUGUGGCUGCUGUUUGAUUAUGCCGAACAUGAUUUGUGGCAUAUUAUCAAGUUCCAUCGUGCCUCAAAAGCAAACAAGAAACCCAUGCAGUUGCCAAGAUCUAUGGUGAAAUCACUACUUUAUCAGAUUCUUGAUGGAAUUCAUUAUCUGCACGCAAAUUGGGUUCUUCACAGAGACUUAAAACCAGCAAAUAUUCUGGUAAUGGGAGAAGGUCCUGAAAGAGGAAGAGUUAAAAUUGCUGAUAUGGGCUUUGCACGGUUAUUCAACUCACCUCUUAAGCCACUCGCAGAUCUGGAUCCAGUUGUGGUGACGUUCUGGUACAGAGCCCCAGAAUUGUUACUUGGUGCAAGGCACUACACAAAGGCCAUUGAUAUAUGGGCCAUUGGCUGCAUAUUUGCUGAGCUAUUGACUUCAGAACCUAUCUUCCACUGUCGUCAGGAAGACAUCAAAACAAGCAACCCUUUUCAUCAUGAUCAACUUGAUCGCAUAUUCAGUGUAAUGGGAUUUCCUGCAGACAAAGACUGGGAAGACAUUAGGAAGAUGCCAGAAUAUCCUACACUUCAAAAGGACUUUAGGAGAACGACGUAUGCCAAUAGUAGCCUCAUAAAAUAUAUGGAAAAACACAAAGUUAAGCCUGAUAGCAAAGUAUUUCUUUUGCUUCAAAAACUUCUCACUAUGGAUCCUACAAAAAGAAUUACCUCAGAGCAAGCUUUGCAGGAUCCCUACUUCCAGGAGGACCCACUGCCUACGUCAGAUGUUUUUGCUGGCUGCCAGAUUCCUUACCCAAAACGAGAAUUUCUCAAUGAGGAUGAACCUGAGGAGAAGGGGGAUAAGAAUCAACAGCAGCAGAACCAACAUCAGCAACAAACAGCACCUCAGCAGCAAGCAGCACCUCAGCAGCAACAGAACAGCACCCAGACAAAUGGAACUACAGGGGGAGGUGGAGCAGGAGGUGGCGGUACUGGGGCAGGUCUCCAGCACAACCAGGACUCCAGUCUCAACCAGGUGCCUCCAAAUAAGAAACCACGCAUAGGGCCUUCAGGCACUAAUUCAGGCGGGCCUGUCAUACCUUCGGAUUAUCAGCACUCCAGUUCACGCCUGAGUUACCAAAGCAACAUUCAGGGAUCUUCUCAGUCCCAGAGUACAAUGGGCUAUUCUACAUCAUCUCAGCAGAGCUCUCAGUACCAUCAGUCUCAUCAGUCGCACCGUUACUGAGGAGAGCGCAUGGACGGUGUUAAAAAGGAAUGAACUAGCAGUUGGUGGACUCCAGCAAUAUGAAGUUCAUAACCAUGAGAAGAACCAAAAAUGCAAAACUGUGAUGCAGAUUUUAAAGUUAACCAUUAUAAAAGGAGAACUUUUAUUAACUAAUUGUUUUGAGACAAGAGACCUUUUUAUCCUUUUUUUUUUGCCAUAAAGGAGAUUCUUGUGAAGUUUCCCCUCAGCUUGCUUUCGCAUGCGUUCCAUUGUGGUUAUUCGAAUGAAACCGUCUGAUCCGAACCCAGCACUUAAACUUCUUUAACCUAUGGAAUUUUUGAAGGAUUCCUGGUGCACCUUUCUUGUGUUGUAGUAAUUGCCACAAAUCUUAUCUUUUUCAAAUCCCUUUACCAGGAUUUUAAAGUUUUGAAACGUUGAACUCCCAGGCUUUUCAAGCUUGUAUAUAGUUAGUUUUUUACUAGGCAAACCCAUUUAGCUAUACAGGUAUAAUGCACCUUUUAAAAGCACUAUGUUAUUUUCACAGGAUAUUACUGUUUUGCUCAUGGAUGUCAAGAACAGCAGAUUUUACUGUUCCAGAGUAUUUUAUUAUUCCCUUUUUUAUUAGUCUAGUUUUCAGAUGAGGUCUUUAAAAAAAAAGAAGAAGAAAAAUAUACAACCCAAGUCUCUGCAGCAACUAUUACAUGUUAUGUGUUUGGAUUGAACACCAAACAGAAGAUUAUGAAUGUUUGUUUAUAUUAUUCAUAUGAGCUCCCAUAGAUCAUUUGCCAUUAACUUCCAAGUGGGUUGACCUAAGCUUUGCUUUAAAUUAAGGCAUAACAGUGAAGUGGAAGGCAAACUCUUCUGUGGCUCCAGUAGGACAAGAGUAUGCUAUUGUGUCUUCUCUAGUAGUUUUUCGUACAUGCAAUGGUGUCUUCUCCAAUGUUUAUCUGUUUUUCGGAACUCUGACCUAGGAGUUUAGCAUCAACUAGAAAAAGGACAAACAAGGAGACUGUGCUACUACUUUGGAGGGCUGUGAAGAGGGACAGAGCAUCUUUUUAGUAUAUGUUUUGCCUUCUAAGUUUUGUUUGUUUCUGAUGAAGCUUUCCUUUGCUAAAUGUGGAUGGUUCUGUAACUUGCAGCAAAAAAGGGCAAAAUGUGCUGUGGCACCUUAAGAGACUAGCACAUUUGUGGCAUGAACUGCUGCUGACUUGCAGGACACUUGCAAUCAUGAACCUCGACAAGCCAUUUUUAUUUUUUACUAUUACUAACCUUUAUUAUCCAUUUGAACCAGAUCAAAUAUUGAAGUUGUUGAGCAAUGUCUUGAAAGUGCUUAGCCUUCUCAUGUGGGAAAAUGCAUGUUUUGCCAUCUUACCACUGCUGUGAUUAACCUAAAGUGAGGCUGUACUGAAAUGAUUGUUUUCCUAAGGUCACACAUAUUGUGGAUGUUGGUGUAUUGGAUAGGCAGCUAACAGAGGAGAUGUCAGCUCAUCACCAGAGCAUAAUACUGGAGAACCAUUGGUUUGGAUCUAAAGAUCCACCUAUGGAAGGGGUAGGCAGAAACUGACUAUCCCAUCCUCUUCCCCACUAGGUCAGAGCACCCCUGAAUAUUCUCCUCUGAGGAUAAUGGCACUUAGCUGAGUGGGGUGGUUCUGGCAAAGGGGUCUGAGAUGGAAGAGGGAGCUCACAGAAGCUCAGACAGAGGCAUCUACUCAUAUUUUAAGGGGUGCUCCAAGGGCUACUGGGGAGAAGAGGGGACAAGAAAGUCAUAGAUCAUAGAAUUGUUGAGUUGAAAGGGACCACAAGGAUCAUCUAGUUCAGCUCCCUGCAAUGCAGGAAUAUUUCACCCAGUGUGGGGCUCAAGACCACAGUCCUGAGAUUAAGAGUCUGAAGCUAUCUUUCAGUCCCCUUCUGCCUGGUCACUUUCACAGGUAGAUCUGUGUAUCAAACUCGGUAUCAAGUUCCUGUGAUCAGAGACCAUACUUUGAGGCAUCUCCCUUUGUUUUGUUUUUUAAAGAGGCCCAGAAAUACAGCUAGUAAAAGAUGUAUAUCUUCUUCAGUUCAGCAUCUUGUGAUUCUGAGCCCACACACCCCGGUCUCUUUUAAAAAAAACAGGUUUAUUGCCUUUCUGAGUAUGAAGAUAGGCAUAAAGUUUGUCAGCAAUGCUUAGUGAAACGCUAGGUGGUGAGGAAGUGGAGCUGAAUAGGAUUUUCAAGGGUUAAAUCUUGAGUGCCCAUUAGUGACUUCCCUUCCCCAUCACUAGCAAAAGCAAAAUACAUUGUCCAACAUGUCUGCUAAUUUGCAGUGUUUAUAUAGAUGGCAGAAUCCAGCUUUUUCUUGUGUGGAAUUCAGGUUACCUUGGUGCAGGAUGGCUUUAGCUCCCCUGACUUUAUUGCACUAAAAUGGAAAAGGCAUAAACUUUAGAAUAUACAUGCAGCACCCUGUAUUUGUCAUAGUAAUUAAGAAAGAAGUACAGGGAGGAGGCAGUUAUUGAUAUAUGCAUUUAUAAGCAUUCACGUGGUAUAGCAGGGGUUUUGCAGACUUCAGGCUUGUUGAAUCUAAUUUUUACUGGAACCUCAAAAUCUAUCAGCCAGAGCCAUAUAGUUAAAAUUAAAGGAAGAGUGCCUUUGAGCAUUCUGAGCUUACAAAUGUGUUUUCCGUACCAGCACAGGACUGAGCUCACAGUCUUUUCACACAAAAGUCUACUUCUGGUUAACAUUUCACAAGCUUAAUAUGUUUGGGAAAUGUUAUUUUGUUGUUAUUAUUAAACGACUGGUAAUCACAAACUCUUGCUAAUCUGCUAUCUACAUAUCUACCAAUAGAUCCUGAUCUACCUUCUGCCUACCCCUGCUGUCUAGCAGGAGUUCAUGCUCACCCUGUGUUCUGAUCUGAAUUGAUAUAGAAAUCACCAAAUCUUUGCACUAAGAUUUCAGGAAGCUAACAAGGGGAUGGGCCAAUUUUCUUGAGGGGGAAACUAUUUUAAUCCCACGAGUAAUACAGGACUGUGUGUUGAUUCCACUUUAAACUUUAAAAGGUCAGCUCAUGUUAAGCUCAGUUGUCUAGUCACUGACAUUGUUCCAUUUGCUGUUGAUACCAACUGGCUCUCUGGAGAGAGCCAAAAAUCAAUUUAUCAUAGCAUACGCAUAACAGGGGGACAAAAAAAAAAGUAUUCCAUUUGAUACAAACAUACUAUCAUCUAUCUAUCUAUCUAUCUAUCUAUCUAUCUAUCUAUCUAUCUAUCUAUCUAUCUAUCUAUAUUCCCCUCCAGCAUUUCUCCUUGUAUUUUAUGCAUCAUGUAUCUACACUAGUUUUGUUUGAUUGAAGUAAUGUUUCUUUUGCACCAGCUUUCAGUGAAAAUGUUCUACCAGCUCCAUGUCUUCCUGCACCCAAGCUAAUGUUUGGUGAGCUGCUUAGGAGAUUUAACUUUAUUUUGAUUGGCUUGUGAAUUGCUCAAUUUCCUCUUCUCCCUCUGUUGCUCUGUCCCCCAACCUCCCGUUCGUUACAUCCCAGCAUCUGCGGCAAGCUCUGUCCGAGUGUGGGUUCCUCUGUGCAUGCAGUGUGACGACCUGUGUUGAAUGUGCUUUAUCUCCAUGAGCUUCCAGUCCCCUAGAAGGAUGGCCAUGAUCGUUGUCUGUACUGACGAUAGUUGCAAAUUGCUUGCUUGCUGUACCCCACUUCCCCAUGGUGUCUGUACACACAAAUGUAGCUGUGCUAAGUAAUACUUCAUGGCCUUCCAAAUAAGCAUUGGCAGGGGAAUAGAUGAAAGUAUAGGUUUACACUUCUGAAAUGUUUACUGCACUCAUUCUGUAUUUGUAUUUUGGCUUUUGGGGGCAUGCUUUGGCCUAUUGCAGUGAGCUGUAUGUGUAUAAUAAAUGAGUGUCUCACGUACUGCAGGGCUAAGGUGAGCCAAGGUGAGGUAGCUUUGUUUCAGGGGGAAUUUCAUGAAACAAAAAUGUAAUGUAAGACAAAUCAUAUACUGUAUGUUAUGGAAACACAGAACAUGGACAUUUUCAUAACUGUGCAGCUCUGUCAACUCAUUCCUACUAGCAUGUGCAGCUUUGACGUCACCUAUAAUAAGUUUCUCUUUCCUAUCUCAUCGGCUGUUAGAAGUGGACGUGUAAUUGACCUUGGUUGGUUUCUGUCUUGCUACUUUGGGAAACAAGUGAGCUGCUCAAGCCUCAUUCUUACAAUGUUGCUCUUCUCAGCUUUCAGAGAAAAGGAGCAAAGAAAUAGGAUCAGCAAAGCAGUGAUGAAAUGUAUUGGUAGCAUAGACUGCAUAAUGAAGGAUGAAUUUUGUGAAAGCUGCAAGUCCUGCACUCUAUACCUGUGACACUGUAUCUUUUCGGGUGGGGAUGGGGUGGGGAAGGAUGGGAGGACAUCCUGAGGUUGGGGAGGUGGAAGUUUGAAGCAUUUGAUUAUGUACGAUAUUUUAUAUAAACAUAAUAAGCUUAGUUCCCCUUCAUAAUCUUCAGUGAUGGUACUUAAGCAACAUUAAGCAACGAUAACUGUUUUAAGAUAAACGAAACAUAUUGUACAUAAAGUCCAUGUGUAAUCUAUAUGUUUUGCCACACAAGAACGAUGUGUAUUGCUUUAUGGGGGGGAAGUCCUUAAUGCACUGUUAUCUCCUAAAUAUUUAGUAGUAAAUUAAUACUAUUUAAUUUUUUAAAGAAAAUCUGUCUUGUGUAGACACUAAAAAGUAUUACACAAUGUGGACUGAAGGUGUCCUUUUUAACAGCAGUUUAAAUAAUGUUUUAUAUCUGUCAUGUAGUAUGCUUUUAAAAUGGUUUUUAGUUGUAUUUCCUCACUGUGGAAGGGUGUCUGCCAUAAGUUUUCUUUUAUAUAUAAUUUCACAUAUUCAUCUUCUAUUCUUGUGUCUUUAUUAUAUAGUUCUGUGUCCUCUCUUACGCCACUUCAGCUCAACAGUGAUGCCCCACAUAUGGCAGUGUACUUUAUAGUGGCUGCUGAGUUCUGCAAAAUUAAAAUGAAACCCUUCCAAAUCCAGAUUUGUACUCUCACUUCUUGGGAUUUCAUGGGGUGCUCAAGCUAGGAUAAUUACGUUCAAGUCAGCAAUGUAGGGGAGUCCUAGAAGGUACACCUCCAGCCCCAUUGAACACACACACACCCUUUCCUGCUUCUCUCCUUUAUUUCUGGAGGUCAGUCAUUCUUCCUUGCUGUCACCAAGCAUUGAUCUCAACUGGUUAUGUUGCUGAAGUGAAAGUGUAAUAAUCUGGCAGCUAUCUAGCAACUGCCAAAUAUGCUUAACCUUGAACUAGCUUUAAGUGGCGCAAAUAUAAGAUAGGAUGUCACUGUGGGAGUCCAGUUCUUGCUGCCACCCAGCUCACCUCUCCUCCUGCCCCGCAGUGGGAGAGUCUCAGUACCAAGCUAGAAAUGUCCACCGACUCUGCUGGGCAGUUACAAGAAGCUGAACUGUCAGGCUUUGCCCUCAAAAAGCAUUUACUGUUUUCAUAAUGUCCCAGAAGACUGUUAAAACUAUGCUUUUUGUUCAUUACAUCAUUUUUAUUUUUUGUUGUAAUUAAAUUGAAUUGCUUCAGUGUGAAUUUUUUAAACAAAAAUAAUAUACAUUUGUAAUAAUAAUAAAAAGUUGAAGUCAA